GAGGAAGAAUCAGCUCGAAGUGAGCGGAGGAUACAAGGGGACGGACGGACGGUCGAUUAUCUCAUUACUCAGUGGUUGCUCUUCUAACGAUGUGGUCACAGUUAACAGUGUGAUGACGCCGAUUGUGUCCAGUGCUCAUACACCACUCUGGUAGAUGAUGGGAGUAUAUUUGUCCAUUCCAUUGCACUUUCUGUAGGAGUUGCUUGUUUAACAAUGUGUGGGUCCCACACGGCAUGGAAUGUAGCCUGAGCUGGUAUCAUUCAGAUCUCGCUUCCCCGGCCGCGCUGCGAAAGAAACUGUUGCUGCUUUUCACCAUGCUACUUCUCUGGCUCUACAUCCUCUACUCCUGUGCCGGUCUCUGCCUGUCCAUGCCCAGCCUGGUCUACGACUACGAGACGGCGCGGCAAAAGCCAGACACGGUCCCCGGGGUCUCGGACCUGCUGCACCGAGCUCACCAAGCAGGUGAGGCCGCUCCCGGCUUCAUGUCCGCUCCCAGAGACUUACUGCAGGACGACGUCGCGGCGGAGCAGACCGAGAGCCCGACGGCCUCCAGCGGACACUCACAGAAACCGCUUGAUCUCAACCUGGGCAGCUUCGGGGCGAAGAAACUCCCGCAGGCGAUCAUCAUCGGGGUGAAGAAGGGAGGCACCCGAGCUCUACUCGAAUUUCUCCGGGUCCACCCCGACAUCAGGGCCGUGGGAGCAGAGCCGCAUUUCUUCGACCGACAUUAUGACAAGGGGAUGGAGUGGUAUAAGGACCUGAUGCCUAAGACGUUGGACGGUCAAAUCACCAUGGAAAAAACUCCCAGUUAUUUUGUCACUAAGGAAGCAGCUGCUCGGAUCUAUGCAAUGUCCAAGGAUGCCAAACUAAUAGUAGUGGUUCGGGACCCUGUCACUCGGGCCAUCUCUGACUACACACAAACUCUCUCCAAAAAGCCCGACAUCCCCAGUUUUGAGAGCUUGACUUUCAAAAAUAGGACUACAGGCCUAAUCGACACUUCAUGGAGCGCUAUACAAAUUGGUAUCUAUGCCAAGCACCUGGAGAAUUGGCUGCAGUACUUCCCAAUGCGUCAGAUUCUGUUUGUGAGUGGAGAGAGGCUGAUCAGUGAUCCAGCGGGAGAACUAAGUAGGGUGCAAGACUUUCUAGGUCUGAAGAGAAUCAUCACAGACAAACAUUUCUACUUUAACCAGACCAAGGGCUUUCCUUGCUUGAAGAAACCAGAGGGAAGCAGCAAACCCCAUUGUCUGGGCAAAACGAAAGGCAGAACCCAUCCCAACAUUGACCCAGAAGUGGUUCAGAGACUCAGAGACUUCUACAGGCCUUUUAACAUGAAAUUUUACCAAAUGACAGGACAAAACUUUGGCUGGGACUAAGGUCAAUUUAACUUUGUAAUGACUAUAGAGACAUGUGAAUUUAUUGCUAUAUAUUAUAUAUAUAUGUGUAACUUGUACAGAAAUCUAUUUUAUAAUAAUUUAUUUUUAAUUCUUAAGCAAUUAAUUCACUAAGCUGCCUAACCACAUUGUACACUGUAUAUAGAUCAGCCCAUAUCUUCUAACAUUCCACAAUUUUAUUUGCAUUACUCAUUGAUGGUGCUGUCUUUCAUUGAUUAAGUUUUAAUAUCGAAAAGCACAUUUUAUUUUGUUACGGGUAUUCAGAGUUCAUAAGAUCUAACAGUUGGAUAUUUAGUUCCUUGCUGAUAAAGCAGCAGGCUCCUGCAGUAGAAUAUCAUCACAAAUGCAAUGAGUUGUCAGUUUAUAUACCUUGAAUAGAAAAUGCACAUGGCAGACAAAAAAAAUCUUCUUUGCCUGUCAACAGCAAGAGGGAAAAUAAAAAUUAAUUCACUGCCAUAGCUUGCUUAAAUCACUAGUUGCAACAAUGGGUAAUGAAUAGAUAAUCAGUGUCUUGCUGCUUCAAAUCAUUUAGUUCUUCUUCUGUUUCUACGCUUACAGAUUUCAUGUUUCUUUACUAUCUUUAUGGCAUGAAUUGCUGUCAGACCAGCAGUAACCAAGUCUGUCAUUCUGACCAGUUUGAAUAAAUGGAAAUCCUCAAAUAGAUUGACAGAUAAAUUGGAAUUCCAAUUCCUCCCCAACCAAAAUAAGGGUCAACUUUGAAAGAUCUCCAUUUACAUGCGUUACUAUGUUUUUACAUUAAUAUAAUUAAAAUCUAUCAAUUGGUUUAUGAUCUGCAGGUUGAAUUUUUUUUCCUCGCUCUUUUAAUCCUCAUACUAUAUCUCUGUUGCAAGAAGGUAGUGAUUAUUUAACAGUGGCAGCAGUAAGAUAACUAUUCCUUGAUGUCCACCAUCCUUGUUGCCAGUUCAGGUCUUACCAGUGCUCCUGGUAACUCUGAGAUGUACUGGUUAUAUCACUGACCAAGUUUCUUCUCAAUGGUAGACGUUGAGUAAAUAUUGUAAACUAUGAAGAAGAAGUGAUGCUUCUAUUUUAAGAUGUACAAUGCCCAAUUGUUUCCUGAAGCAGUUUGCUCAAAGCUAAGUAUUGAUUUCUGUAUGGAGGUAUCAUGUGCAGGUGAUUGGUUUGGCAACAGGUCAUAGGGAAGGUCUACUUUGAAUCAAGUUUUGCUUGUGCUUUUCAGAAGAGGAAAGUUGAAACUAAAGGGGAAGGCUUGCACUGAAACAUUAUUUCUAUCACUUGGUUGCAGUUUCUUUAAAAACUUCGCUGGGUCCUAUGGUUUUGAGGUCUGCAGCAGGCCCAUAAUAAUGAAAUCAAAAAGAAACUUACUCAAACCUCCUCCUCUGUUUCAUGGACAGAAUGCUCCUGUUUCAUUUGCUUAUUAGGAAAAAUAUGACCGUCUUACCAGAUAUCUGUUAUUUAAUCUUCAUCCAUGCUGAUCUAUUAAGGUUAGCUAGAAAAUUUGCUAAUGAACAAAACACUCUUUUUCCUGUCUCUUUAAUUUGGAUUUUUGUUAAGUUUUUCAUUUUGUAUGUUAACUGAUUUUAACUCAUAGGUUCAGGUCUUUUUGUUUGAAGUCAUCUUGCUUUUAAGGUUAGAAAAUCUUUUUUUUUAAGAAUGCCAUCAUUCAGUGAUAAGAGCUGUUAAAAUGGAAGCUAUCUAUGUCAUGUUGAUUUCACUGAGGCUGCAACAAAAUGUUUUACAUACCCACUUUUCUGUGAAAUGAAUGACACAUUUGCAUAGUUCAGCCCAGAGCAUAAGAUCAGUGUAUCAAAUCCAUUGUCUUCCGAAAGGUAAAGUUGUACCUUGACAUGGUGGGUAGCUAUCAGUUUGUAAUAAUAUGUGGCUGAGUUUUAUUCAGCUUGCAUUCAAAAGUACGUAUAUUAGCAAAUUUCUUCCGAUAAUAUUGUACUUUAGAAUAGUUAAAGUGUAAAAAAAAUGUAAAUCAAGUAUUUUGUGGUAUGUACAACAGAAAAUUAAUUUUACACAGAAAAAUGUUUCUUUCUAGGAAUUUGGAAAAAAAAGCAAUCUGUUUCUUGUUAUUAAGAAACAAAUAAAAUAUA